ACCAAAGGUUCGGAAAUUUGCGAAACAGAGGCGACAGAGGCGUGCCGGCGUGCAGCGGUGCAGCAUCGCGUCAGUCACGUGCUGUGCUGCCGGCAGCAACAGGCGGCUGGCCGCCGACGAAGGGGGACGGCGUCGCGUCAGCUUACAUCAGCUGGCUCUCGGUCAUUCGCAGUGUGCAGGGCCAGGAGGUAGUGAUGGCAGCUGAUGUGGCCCCCGUGGCCAUCGUGAGCGUCUUCUGGGUCAUCGUGGGCGCCAUCGUGCCUUGGUUCAUUCCGAAAGGCUCGCAGCGCGGGAUCAUCCAGGCCAUGCUGGUCAUCACGUCGAUCUCCUGCUACAUGUUCUGGCUGUGCACCUACAUGUCUCAGAUGUACCCGUUGGUGGGGCCCAGCCUGAACAAUCACACAGUGGUGGCCAUCGAAGCUUACUGGAAGUAAACCGCCAGAUAGUUCACAUCUUUACCAAGUAACCAAGUGCCUUCCAGUACAAGUCAUGGAUUCAACACAUUAAUAACCAAGAAUGUAUGCAUUUUAAACUGAAACUGAAGUAUCUGCAAAUAAAAGCAGUGUUUUGCAUUUUUCCAA